AUGUUUAUAUCUUAUUAUUUGGUGCUGCUCGUGUUGCCGUUGUACAUCGCACAAGUGACGGUAUCAAAUGAAGGCGAUGAGGCAAUACAAGCAGUAGUAACAAGAGAUGACGAAAUAAGGACUGUGACUGAUGACGGGAAAGCAAAUGAAAAACGGUACAAAUGUGAAGUAUGCAAUAAAUCGUUCAAACGGUUUGGGGAACUGAGGAUGCACCAAGUGACGCACGGAAACGAACGACCAUUCGAAUGCUACGUGUGCAAUAAAACAUUCAAACGGUCCGGCGAACUGAAAAUGCACCAAGUGAGGCAUGGAAGCGAACGACCAUUCAUAUGUCACAUUUGCAAUAAAACAUUCAAACGAUCUGGCGAUUUGAAGAAACACAAAUUGACGCACGGAAAUGAACGACCAUUCAAAUGUGCUAUGUGCGAUAAAGCUUUCAAACAGCGCCGCUAUCUGAAAGAACAUUUGAAAACACAUACGGACAUUAAAAAGAUGCUGAAAUGCAAUGUAUGUGGUAAUGCAUUCAGAUACUGCUCAAAUCUGCUGAGACACAAAUUGACACACGGAAACGAACGACCAUUCAAAUGUCACGUGUGCAAUAAAACAUUCAAAGACUUCAGCAAUCUGAAGAAACACAAAUUGACGCAUGGAAACGUGCGGUUAUUCGAAUGUGAAGUGUGUGAUAGAAAAUUCACUCAAAAAUAUAAUUUGAAAAAUCACAUGAUAGCGCAUAAAGGUUCGGAUGAAGAGCAAUAUUCUACAGCAAGCUCCUUAACGAUAUCGAUAUCAGAUAUCAUUGACACAGAAAUAUCAAUAAGGGGAAUAAUUACAUUCGCAGGACUAUAA